CCCAAAUGAGAGCAGAGCAGACAGCUGGAGAGAGAGGAUCACUGCUCAUACAGCGUGUCUGUAUCAGAGGAGGAGGAGGGGGUCACCCAGGAAUCCCUUGAAGCUGCUCUCCAGGAACAAAAAGAAAUGUUACAAGAUUUUGUUUGUACUCGGUUUACUGGACAGGACCAGCUCGUCACUGCUGCUGUUCAAUCCUGUACUAUCAUCGAUCGUGUUUUCUUUCUAAAGAGGAUGCCGAAACGAGGAAGAAAAGUUAAAAUUUCAAAGGCAGUUUAGCAAAGGGUCUGUCUCAAAAACUCCGGAGAGCCAGGCUAUAUGAAGAUCGCGACACAGUUGUUGGUCUUCCCUCGCAGAAAUGCCAGUGCGUGCUGUGACCACCAGGUUCAUGUACAAGGGACUUUGCACUAUUCCAGAUGUCCUCUCCUACCGGACCCCUGUUAACCUGCCUGAAGAUGAGGUGGAGGAGAUCCGCGAGGCGUUCAAAGUGUUUGACCGAGAUGGUAAUGGCUUCAUCUCAAAGCAGGAAUUGGGGAUGGCCAUGCGCUCACUGGGCUACAUGCCCAACGAAGUGGAGCUGGAGGUGAUCAUCCAAAGACUGGACAUCGAUGGUGAUGGUCAAGUUGGCUUUGAUGAAUUUGUCACGUUGCUCGGUCCUAAACUCUCCUCUGCUGGGAUGCCUGACAAGUUUCAUGGAGCGGACUUUGAUUCAGUGUUUUGGAAGUGCGACAUGCAGAAGCUGACUGUAGAUGAGCUUAAGAGACUGCUUUACGAUACUUUCCGAGACCACCUCACCAUGAAAGACAUCGAGAACAUCAUCAUGACAGAGGAGAGCCACCUGAACAGCCCAGAGUGUCACGUAGACAUUGACACGAGCCCAACACAACAGGAGAAACACACGUGUGUGCGUAAAAGCCUGAUUUGUGCCUUCGCUAUUGCAUUCAUCAUCAGCGUAAUGCUCAUUGCAGCAAAUCAAAUGCUACGCAGAGGAAUGAAGUGAAGAUCUCUGCCUUUAUAUGAAAGGACGGGCAAUGAAAAGCAAACAUUAACCAAAAAACUGUGUUCUGAUUGUCCUUUAGUUUUGUUAAAUGUUUUCAACACCCAUGCUUACGUGCAUACACAGCUUCUCAAACUAAUGGAAGAAAUGAUGUCAUGCAACAUUUUGUAUGGUCACUGUUCGCGGCACACCAUGGAAAAGAAAAGAAAGAAUAAAAGACAGAGAGAAAGAAAUAUCAAGGGCUGAUUCGUAAUCUAAAACAGUUGUGUCACAUUGAGUCAAAUUUCUGAAGUUUUCUAAAAAAUCGUAAGCUAGAAAAGCGGACAGUAGAAGAUGUCCCUGUUUCGGUGUACAGUGUGUGAUGUAGUUAUAGCUGUGCUGUGUCCAAUAUAUCCAAACUACUAAUGUUGUGGAAGAGAGCUCCUCUAUUUGGAGUGUGCUCCAAUUAUGGUAGUACUGAUGAUUAAGCAAUACAAAAGUGUUAACAUGCUUUAUGUUUGGUUGUUUUCA